AUGUCCAAACCUACCAUUGGCUUCGUGGGCCUAGGAGCCAUGGGCUUCGGCAUGGCCACUCACCUUGUCCACGAAGGCUACCCUGUCCACGGCUUUGACGUAUUCCCUGCCUCGGUACAACGAUUCCAAGCAGCCGGAGGUAUUCCUGCAGCAUCACUGCGGGAGUCUGCAGAGGGAAAGUCAUUCUACGUGUGCAUGGUUGCAUCUGCGCCCCAGGUGCAAUCGGUCUUAUUCGACGAGGAAGGCAUUGUAAAAUACCUCCCCCAAAAUGCCACCCUCCUCCUUUGUUCCACCGUCUCCGCCUCAUACGCCCAGUCCGUCGCGGCAGAACUGCAAUCGCGCGGCCGCGGCGAUAUCCUCUUCAUCGACAGCCCCGUCUCGGGCGGUGCCAAACGCGCCGCGGACGGAACGCUCUCCAUCAUGGCAGGCGGUGCAGACGAGGCACUUGAAAGCGGUCGCGACUUGCUGCAGACCAUGUCCGCGCCGAGUAAACUGUACCUUGUGCCCGGGGGCAUUGGAGCCGGAAGUAACAUGAAGAUGGUACAUCAGGUUCUGGCAGCUAUCCACAUACUCGGGGCCAGCGAAGCCAUGGGACUGGCGGCGCAACUGGGUCUGGAUGCGCGCCAGACAGCGGAUAAGAUAAUUGGAUCUGAUGCGUGGACGUGGAUGCACGAGAAUCGGUUUCCGCGCAUGGUGGAGGAGGACUGGAAUCCUGGUGCUAGUGCCUUGACUAUUAUCUUGAAGGAUGCGGGUAUUAUCACGACCUCUGCCCGUCAACACCGGUUCCCCAUUCCCCUCUGUACCACCGCUGAACAGAUCUACAUCUCUGCUUUACUACAGGGAUAUGGACCGAAAGAUGACUCGGCCAUGGUGCGCCAGUACUUUACCACUCCUAUUGCUUCUGUAACGGCAUCCGCGGAAGAUAAGAGCGCUGCGCUGCAGCUGGUCCUAGACCUGAUGCGCGGCGUCAACCUGGUCGCUGCUGCGGAAGCCGUUGCCUUUGCACGAUACCUCAAGGUCGAUCUCGCGCAGUUCUACGACCUUGUCAGCGCCGCCGCGGGCGGCAGCAAGAUGUUUAACACGAAAGGUCUGGAAAUGAUCAAGGGACAGAUCGGCGAGGAAGCACCCGCCGGAUCACAAACAGUUGACGAGGCCAUCACAAGACUAGAGGCGGUGGUACAACAAGCUAGGGAUCUGCAUUGUCCAUUGCAUUUAGGCAAUGCAGCACUGAAUGUGCUUUUCACUGCUCGGAGGGCUGGGUUGGGAGCCGAGGGCGCGACUAGCGUGAUCAAAGUAUUUGGAAAGGAGUAA